AUGGGACAUUCUUCUUCUUCUAUCCUCACGGCUGGAACGACUGGUGCAGUGCUAACAUGCCCUCUGGAGGUGGUCAAAACUAGACUGCAGUCGUCCAAGUCAUCCUAUGUCCACGUGAACGUGCACACCGCUCUACGACUCCUGCCCCCACAACAAGUGGUCGCUAUCAGUGCCCACAACUGUCACGUAGCUGUCAACUCCGAAACUUGCUUGGACAGGAGUAAAUACGGGUCAAGGCAAUCCCGGGGUUUGAUUGUUUGUCUGCGACACAUUGUUCAAACAGAAGGAGUAAGAGGAUUAUUUAAAGGUCUUGGUCCCACUUUAGUCGGAGUAGCUCCAUCUCGAGCCAUAUAUUUUGGAGCCUACGCACAUAGCAAAGAAGCCUUAAACAAUGUGCUCACUCCGGACACACAUUUCGUCCACUUGUGCUCGGCCGUUGCUGCAGGAGUCUCUGCUGCCACCUGUACAAACCCCAUCUGGUUUGUGAAGACACGGCUGCAACUUGAUCAAAAGGUAGAAGGAAAACUGACGUGUCGGGAAUGCAUCAAACAGAUCUACAGACAGAAUGGCAUCCGGGGUUUUUACAAGGGGAUCAGUGCGUCAUAUUUCGGUGUCAGCGAAACCGUGUUUCACCUGGUCAUAUACGAAGCCAUCAAAGCUCACCUUCAGCAGAAGACCAACCACGACAGGCAAAAUGGCGACGGAAGCAGCAAAGUCUUGGGUUCACCUGAGGAUAAUGAUGUUAUUGCUGUCAGCAAAGAUUCUUUUCUCACCUCAGAUUACUUAAAGUAUAUGUUGGCAGGAGCUUGUUCGAAGACUUUUGCCACUUCCUUGUGUUACCCCCACGAGGUUGCCCGAACGCGACUUCGAGAAGAAGGAUCACGCUACAACUCAUUUUUCCAGACGCUGUACCUGGUCUUCAAAGAAGAAGGCAGAGCUGGGUUGUAUCGCGGCCUAGGGACACAGUUGAUCCGACAGAUUCCAAACACAGCUAUCGUCAUGGCAACAUAUGAAGCUGUUGUGCAUGCGUUAACACCUGUUGACUGA